UGAUAACAAAUGUUAACGUUGUAGCGUUGUUGCAGACAGUAGGCAUCCGCGCGCGCGGCUUCCGACACGCCGUUACACAGCGUUUCUCCGUUUUCGUUUUUAGUUAUUUAGUUAUUUUUUUUCCUCUAAUUCCCUCUCCUCGGCCGCCGUAUGUUUCUUUCUCUUUUCUCGUCCGUAGCCACAUAUCGUUCUGUUGAUAUAUAUUUUUAUUCAUUAUUUUAUUUUUUAUUAAUUUUUUAUCAUUUUUUCGUCUACUAUCUCUAAACGUUUCGCGUCUCGUCACACCCCCUCCGCUUUGCCCGCUCGACCGAUAGUUCCGCCGUGCGUGCCGAUCAGUUCGCGUUCCGUUCGUCCUGUCUCCGUCGCCUUCGUUACCGGAGGAUCGUCGUUUUUUCCGUUUUUCCUCUUCCCGAUAUCUUCCGCGUGUGCGUGUGCGCGUGUCCGCCGCCGCGCAUACGCACUUUAACACAACUCUCUUACUCACUCUCUCACUCUUUCUAUCUCUUUCCCUCUCCGUCUAUCGUUCUCUCGCUCACUCUCCACCGUCCGUCGAACUCCAGACCGGCCUUCGUCACGUUUUCCGCGGUCCGCCGUCCAACGAUACCCGUCACCUGCUGCAGCGUUGUCGUCGCAAUAGUCAUCGACGCACGCCCACGCGCGCACGCUGCCACCUGUUCCCGUACUAAGAACAGUGCGCCUGGUCUCCUGUUUUCGUUAUUUUCGUCGUCGCUUCUAACUCGCACGUGAUCGCUGUCCCUCCGAUGACUGUCGCGCAGUAAGUUCCCGCUAGACACCUCUCUUCUGUUCUCCACUCGCACCGCGAUUCUCUCCUGCCGCGCGAUGUCCGUCAAAGACGGUCCAAUUGUCAAGAUGGAGGUCGACUGCCCAUCCAAUCUGAAGCGGUCCAAUAGUGCGCCGAUGAUCAACGACUUGAAUGUUUCCAUCACACCAUGUGCUCCUCUGUCUAGAGAGAGUCCGUGUAAUAUGUUUAUAAAAAAUGUACAACCACGUUUCCGUAGAUUUAGUACGAGUGGAAGCCCUCAUACUAUAAUGCCAAAUACUUCACCAAAGUUAGUUCAUAGAGUAAAUCAGUUGCGACAGGAAGAAACAAUUGAUAUGGUUAAUAGAGAAGUGGCUCACGAAAGAGAAAUACAUUCUGCAAUGCAAAUAUCACAAUCAUGGGAAGAUUUAUCUAUCAUGAUAGACUCUCCAUCAAAACCUGACGAAGGACAAUUUGCUAAACAGGCUGGUGGACUUUUUGGAAGACCCAAUUUAUACGACCCUUUGCAUUUAAAUUUAUCAAUGGCUUCUGCUCCAUCAUCACCAUCACCAACCAGAUCAUUGAGACAUUGUGUAUCACCAUCACUUUUUAAGCCUAAUUUAUCGCCUAGUCCCACUCGUAAAACUUUUACUUCUGGGCGAAGCUUGAGCCCAAUUUCAAUGCGCCCUAGUACUAUAGGACCGGUAAAGAGGAAAUGUGAAAUGGAUGAUUAUGAACCAAAUCCAAAAAAAUGGGGAUUACUGAUUACUAAUAACAGGCCAGAACCAAUGCAAGUAGCCGGUAUUGUUCCUACAACAAUGAACGCCACUUUAGUCACCGAUUCUAUAUGUAGCAGCAGUGGUGAUUCUUCCAACAGUAAUCAUUCAUUUUCCUUCAGACCAUUGGAGACUUUAAUGGAUCAAUCUAAGAGUAAUUCUCAAUAACAAACCAAUUUUUUUUUUUUUUUACUUAUAAUAAUUUUGAAUUUUACUGUUUAU